AAUAAUAAAUCCUAAAACCCUAAUAAGAAACAAGCUUUUGGUUCUUUUCGCAACUGACUAAAAUCCAGAAAAUAAAUUCUCUAAUUGGCAAUCCCUCUUAAAGAGAAAAUUAUUUUUCUAUCGAAUUCUUCGCUGUGGAAGUGAAACCGACAAUGGUGGGACUUUCUGUUGGAGAAAAGCAUUUCAUACAAGGUGGAAUUGCUCAAGACCUUCGUUCAGAUGGUCGAAAAAGGCUAACUUACCGACCCAUAUAUGUUGAAACUGGAGUGAUUCCUCAGGCACAUGGUUCGGCUAGAGUUAGGCUUGGUGCAACUGAUGUUAUUGCCAGUGUUAAGGCUGAACUUGGAAAACCAAGUGCAUUGCAACCUGACAAAGGGAAGAUUGCUAUAUAUGUUGAUUGUAGUCCAACUGCGGCACCAAUGUUUGAGGGUAGAGGGGGUGAGGAGUUGUCAACUGAGCUAUCAGUUGCCUUGCAACGGUGCCUCUUGGGUGGUAAAAGUGGAGCAGGAGCUGGAAUUGAUCCCACAUCUCUGGUGGUUGUGGAAGGAAAAGUGUGUUGGGAUCUCUAUAUUGAUGGUCUCGUUAUUAGUUCAGAUGGGAAUUUGCUAGAUGCCCUUGCUGCUGCCAUUAAGGCUGCUUUAAGCAAUACCGGCAUCCCUAAGGUCGAUGUUGCAGUGGAGACAAGAAGUGAUGAACAACCUGAAGUCAACAUAAGUGAUGAAGAGUUUCUACAGUUUGACACAUCUGGAAUCCCUGUCAUAGUUACUCUAACAAAGGUGGGGAGGCACUAUAUCGUUGAUGCUACAUCGGAAGAGGAAUCACAAAUGAGCUCGGCUGUUUCGAUUUCUGUUAACCGAAAAGGACACAUUUGUGGGCUUACGAAACGUGGGGGUGUUGGCCUAGACCCGAGUAUUAUUCUUGACAUGAUUUCUGUAGCAAAACAUGUAAGUGAACAGCUAAUAAACAAGUUGGAUUCUGAGAUUGCUGCUGCUGAGGCAAGUGAAGAGGAAUCAUGACUUCUUUUAAAGGCUUGUUAGAGGACUUUUUCCUUUCUAGAUCCAGAGAGAUGAUUUUGGAAUCUAUUGUGUAAUAUUACUAAUUAUUUAUUUAUUUAUGACUCAAUUCAAUCAAAA